CGGCGGAUAUGGGGCGAGCUCUGCCGCGCCGUCGCGUGGAUGCACAGCGUCUGCCUCGUCCACCGCGACAUCAAGCUCGAAAACAUCCUCCUCACGGCGGACCCCUUCGCGCACCCGCUCCCCGCGCACUCGCUGAUCAAGCUGACCGACUUUGGCCUCUCGCGCUUCGUCGACCCCGCGCACCCGCACCUCACCACGCUCUGCGGCUCAGACUCGUACGCCGCGCCCGAGCUCGUCAUGGGCCGCCCGUACGACGGCCGCGAGACGGACGCGUGGGCGUGCGGCGUCGUGCUGUACGCACUC